GGCGGUCAAAGAGCUCAAUAGCCUCGGCCAACUCGAUAAGAUGCUCGCCUUGUUGCGCUCGCAGAUGGGCGCUCUGACGCUCCGCCCGGCCGCGGGGAGCGCCUUUAUGGGUCGUGUGGCACGGGCAACUCUUUCUACGACCACUGUGGAGGGCGAAGCCGCAGCAGUGGAUGACGAUACGGCCGCUUUCCUGAGCUCCACGUCUCCCGCAGAGCCGCGCACCGUCAAGACCGUUAAACGCUCGAUCCGUGCUAGUCCCCGUAAGCUGACGUACCUGGCACAGCAGAUUCGAGGUCUUUCGGCCAACGAGGCCAUUCUGCAGAUGAAGUUCUCGCCGAAGCGCAAGGCCGAAAUUUUCCAGAAGACCGUACAGAACGCUAUUAACCUCGCCGACAUCAAGUACCAGAUUGAGCCGGAGAACCUCAUGGUUGCGGAGUGCUUUGUAAACAAAGGAACUUAUCUCAAGCGUCUGAGGAUCAUGGGCCGAGGCCGCUCUGGUGUGAUGCACCACCCGCACACCCACGUAACUGUGGUGCUGCGCGAGUUUGACCCGUCCAAGAAGCCGCUGAACCGCCACUUGACCAAGAAGCUUGCACGCGAGAACGCCAAGAAGCAACUGGAGAAGGAGACGACAGCGGAGGAGUAG